AUGUUGUGUGAUGACAAUAGUGAGGAUGGUAUUGAUAUCCAUAAAGGUCAUGAGAAUACCAAGUCUGGACCCCACACUGACAGGAGUGGAAGAAAAGAUGAUCCCCAACUCUAUGAGACAUUUACUCUAAUAAAUUCCUAUGGGGUUGCUAAGAAGCUUAACAUGCUUGUAGAUGUAGAUAAUAACAGCUGUGAGAGUGAUAAUGAAGAUGAUAUGGCACUGGAUGAUGACAUAGAUGGAAAUAUCCAAGGAGAAGAUGCAAAAGAGCACAACUUCAACAUUCAAACCCUGGUUACAGGGCACCAUCCUGAUUCUCUUGAGGACCAGUGCAGCAUUGUAACUGUAGAUCUUGAUCUUGAUCCAACAGAAGAGGAAAAGUCCUCCCCAAGACUUAGUAAAGGGUCCUCACAGGUAAAAACUAUUAAUGCACCAGUCUUUGACCAAGUGUGUGGUGAGAGUAAGGAUAAAGAACGUCCAUAUAAAUGCUCUCAGUGCAAUAGCUCAUUUAAGAAGUCCAGCAACCUGCUGAGCCACAUCGAAACACACAGUGGCGCAAAACCCUAUGCUUGUGAACUUUGUGGCAAAGCUUAUUCCCACCAGGGUACCUUGCAACAGCAUCGCCGGUUGCAUACAGGUGAGAGGCCGUACAAGUGCCCUUUCUGUGUUAAGUCUUACACAUGGUCCUCUGACUACCGUAAGCACAUUCGCACUCACACUGGGGAGAAGCCGUACUGCUGCAGUGAGUGCAGUAAAGCUUUUGUGCGCUCUUCUGACCUUCACAAGCACCAACGUAACAUGCACAGUAAUGACAAGCCGUUCCCUUGUGGGGAAUGUGGCAAAACAUUUAACAAACCACUGUCCUUGCUCAGACACCAGCGUACACAUUUAGGGGAAAAACCAUUUCAUUGUCCAGACUGUGGUAAAGAAUUUGCUGUUGCCAGUCGUAUGGUUGAACACCAGCGUGUACACACAGGAGAGCGCCCAUUCUCCUGCUCCAUCUGUGGGAAAUGCUUCACCAAGUCCUCUAAUUUGUUUGAGCACCAGACACUACAUUCUGGCCAGAGACCUUUUCGUUGCGGUGACUGUGGUAUGACUUUUGCACAGUCUUCUCGACUUGUCCGGCACCAGAGAAUCCAUAGUGGCGACCGUCCAUUUGGUUGCUCUCAGUGCGGCCAAGCCUUUGCACGUUCCUCUACUCUGAAGAGGCAUCAGCAAGUGCACUUGGGGGACAAGCCUUAUCUCUGCCCAGACUGUGGAACAGCUUUUAGGCAUGAGUCUCAGCUAGCACAGCACUCAAGGGUUCACACCGGAGAGAGGCCCUUUCACUGUCAGGAUUGUGGAAAAACAUUCUCACGAGCAGCUCACCUAACAAGGCACAAAGCCAAACAUUCAGGGUUAAAGAACAGAAGAUCUUCAGAACUCCAAGUCUUAUCUGAAGAUAAACAUGCUGGAACGGAUUGUGACAAUUUCUAGAGAUGGGCAAAUGGCUGUUGUCAUUUGAACAGAGUGGUAACAUUUAAUUACGGAAU